AUGGAGCAACUGGCAAACGAUCAAGCGGUACACCGCGGUUUUACGGUGGUGGCCUCGGCAACGAAUGGUACGAGCGACAAAGGUGAGUUUACAACGGGAAGGACAAUGACAUUAGGAUUUGAGGGAAGGCGCGCGCGUCACGUCAUGCCGCGGACAAUGACGCUCCGACAAUGGAGCACGCACGGCACAAAAUGGCCGCCGCGCCGUCAGCUGAUCGCACGCGCAGCUGUAGCCGCACUUGUUCGUAUCGCUCUCUCUUUCGGCGCAAACAAC